AUGCAUUCUCCUGAUCCAGGUUCACCGAUCUCAACAGAUUCAUCUGGUUCACCUCCACCUGAUGACUUCCAGUUUCCGCAAAGUGGCGCGAGUGCACGCGAUUCUCACACAUCGUUCCUCCAAUCCGCAACGACCCACAUGUUGGGAAACAUCGCGUCGAUGAUGCCUAGCCCUAGUUCUAAGCGUCGUCUACCAGGCGGUUCUUCCUUCGAUGGUCCUUCUCCACGGAGAGACGCAAAGACGAGGAGACGAGAGGAUGCAAUGAGCAUGAUGGGGAAUUCUCGCCGAAUAACUGAAAGUCAGGGUCAAAGUGCAGGUGGAAGUAGCUUUGGACCGACUGCAAGUAAUGCCUGGGGAGCAAAGAGUGAGCACGGGAGCAGGCGUGAUAAGGAAGACCUUGUUGACGUUGCAUUGGCGGAGCAACUUAGAAAAGAAUUUGGAGAUCCAUUCUUGGAGACAGCAAUCAAGAACCUCAGCUGA